AUGUCGAGUUGCGACUGGGUCAGCAAGGCCCAUCGAAAUGAACACAUAGAACAUGCCUCGCAGGAGGCGUCACUGGGUGCUUCUCCUGGGGAAGAGAUACCCAAACGGAAGGCAAACACGUGCCCUUUUCUCGCUCUACCUCCCGAGUUGAUCGAUGCUGUUCUGGCGUAUUUACCUGCGAUACAGCUAUCUGCUAUUGCAGCAACUUGCCGCAAGCUUUACCAGCAAACAACUGCCGACUUCCACUGGCUUCGUCUAGUGCAGCAGAACGUACCUGGUAUCGCCCUGUCUGACCCUGGACCUUGCAAAAGUUUCCGGGAGCUCUACGCUGCACAUGACCCAAUUUGGUUCUUGCCCAAGUAUAAGAUCUGGUUUUGCGACAGGGAUCUGAUGGGUAAGCUGAUUGUCGUACGGUUUGACCCGCGACGAGGUUGCAUCGAAGGCCAUCAACUGUUGGCUGUAAGCAACAGGGACACAUUUGAGCACUGGCCGGCGGAUAGCCACGUUUUAAUUCACGGCUUUGAGCCGCAGGUCAAGUUACAUUUGGACAAACCCGUCCUGCAGUUCAAUAUCCGAGACAAGAAGGAGGUCGGCAAGGCUAACCCAAGAGCCGUCGCUAACCGCUUCGCUGCCGAAGUACCCAUGACGUUUGGAAAUCGAUCAGAUCCCAUGUUCAGCAAUUUCUUGCUCACUCGCCCUUUGGAUCCCGAAACGGCAGAUGCGAGGCUAGCCCUCGCUUAUCCAUAUGAUGGUAUUUGGCCGCCGCCAGCUAUACCAGCUGGUCAUCAUGUGUCUGGUGCCAGAUCCGGGCAAGCUGUUGCUUGCCUUUCGCCAAGUGACUUGCCUCGUUCCAGGGAGGAGAUUUCGGACCAGACCUUCCGUAUUCGGCAGUGGAUGCAGUUGCCGGGGACACCAUCCCCGCCGAGCCUCGUGGGCGGCCAAGCUGGCAAUCUUGCGAGCAUGGUCCGGGUUCUGAAUGGGUUAAGCAACAUGGCCAACGGCGUCACACCGUUGGCUGGCGCUGUUGGCGUUCACAUUGGCGAGGAAAUCACCACUUACUCGACACUAGAACCGGGUCUCUACACACCUACACCUACCAAGCCAUGGCGGGGUAUUUGGGUUGGGGAUUAUAGUGGGCAUGGAUGCGAAUUCCUUCUCAUCCACCAACCCGAAGAUGCUGCCGCAUCAGAUGAGGAGCUAGGGUUGAGGCGAAUCGACGACGAGCCGGAUGAGGUUUGGGAAACGAGAAGAGAGGAAGCUCGCGUGUACCGCGGCCGCCUCGAGGCGAUUAAACUGACUGGAGAUCCGAAUGUUCCACGGGGUGAAUAUACCUUUGUAGCAGAGGACCUUGGCCCAGGAGGUUACAUUGGAGUAGCCACAGAUGCUCCUUUCGCCGGGGCUAGAGUUGUGAAGAGCAGGGGACAUAUAGCCGCAACUGGCUUUGUACGAGACAAGUAUGUUGAAAGCCAGCUUUUACUUAUUGGGCCCAAUCGACUGGCCCAAUAUUGGGUCGGCUUUGGACACAUUAGCUUCUUUGAGAGGGUCCAAGUCGAUGACUUGCUCACACCGUGA